AUGACGCACUCAUUGCUGCUCCUGACAAGCACCACUAUCGUACUGGAUAACAUCCUCGACCACCUCGAGCUACCCGAUGCCCAGGCCAUUCAUCUCACCUGCAAGCCCAUGAACGACUACGUCAAUUCCUACCUCGGCAACCGAGCCUGUAGAACGUUUACAGCCGUAGGUUUGAAGCACGCCAUCGGCCUCAUCCGACUCGCCGAAGUGGUCCAGCAUACACCUGAAGCUCAAGGCUCGCCUGAUAGUAAGGUCUGCCAAUACGCCAAACCCUUGCUGGGUGGCGUGCGCGAACUCCGGCACAACUGCGAUCCAUCCAUGGUCUAG